AUGAACACCAACGCUCGUCGACGAGGUGCGAAAGUAGCUCCAUCCCACUAUCCACGAAUAUCUUUCCAUGGAUUACGUUUUGCGCAAUUGAUCUCGGCCGCGAUUGUGGGAGGCAUCAUGGCGUAUUUUAUGUAUUAUCUGCGUUUUGAGAGAUUCCCCGUCCCAUGGACAUUUGUUGUGCUACUUUCGAUAUCGCUGGGGACGGUUGCGAUUCUGACGCUUACGAUCAUUCUCUACAAUUUCACGUAUUUGUCGCCGAAGUUUAAUUGUUUGCUUAAUGGUACGACGUCGAUUUUUUGGAUACUAGGGCUUGGAUUGUUGAGUUGGAGUCUCAGUAAUACGUUGAAGAAGAGUUGUGAUGUGCAGACUUGGAGGAGCGGCACGGCAGUUGGCGUCUGUAGGGAAUACAAGGCGCUUUGGUCUUUUACAUUGAUUGGGACGUUAUCUACAUUGGCGGCGCUGGGCUUGGAUAUUUGGACACACACGAAGACUACAGAGAGGGGUGUUUAUGUCUUGCCUGAGGAUGACAAGAAUGCGGCUUUGUUGAAGGAUAUGAAUGGUGGGAACGGUAAUACAAAGGGGUAUGAGGCCAAUCGAGGAGGAGAUUUUGAGGAGGAAAUUGAUAUUGCUUACCAUAAUCGAUAUGGUGAUGAUGCAUCGGAGAGCGAGGGAUACCAUGACAGAGGGCUUUACAAAUGA